AUGAAGAGGCAACUGGACACGACAACUGAGAGCGAUCCGUUGCCCGCGAAGAGAGCCCGAUUGACACGGACGGGCAAUCGACAACCCAGUGUUAAGGAGGGGAAAGCAGAGCAGGCGGACAAGAGGACUCUUCAGCAACCAAAGCCAAAUCCUCCCAAGCAUUCAUACGCCUCCUUCCUCGAAGACUUUGUCGACCCCGUUCAUGUAAAUACCCGUCCUACAUCUGUCCACGCCUUCGUUUCUGAGUGGCUCGAGUCGGUCGGAUCGGAUCGAGAGAAACGUUGCCGGUCGGAUACCUAUCUCCACCGUUCAGACAACCCUAUUUCGAGGAACCUCACGAGAUCAGCGCCGGAUAUGAGCUCUACACGGGAUAUCGACGGGUUUGCGGUGCCGCCCACGCCGUUAUCUACCGGGUCGCGGCCCCGUCAACCCAAGGCAGACAGUCGGUCCUCUGUUGCCGGCGUAUCUGAUACUCCUAGUCCUUCUGGCGUUCGACAUCGAAUGUACCGCCAGAACAACUUGGAAUUUAAUCACAUUUUUAUCCGGCGUCCUGAUGCCCCGCUGCCUACUGCUAUCUCUGGUUAUAUCAACGACACGUUACGCGCCGAGCGGGACUCUCCCGAACUCUCUGCCGAAGAGAUGAAGGGGGCCAUGUCCCGGCUGAGUACUCUCGCAGAGGGAUGCGAUGAGGACGACGUGGCGGCUUUCCUCAACGGUACAAUAUUUCCCGACUCCAAAACCGACCCAGUUUAUGGGCCUGCUGUGGGUUUAAUGAGCAGCUCUAGCGCUCUUAUGUCGCAGCACCUCAUUCCCGUCAAUCCCGCAAGUCCAUACAAGGUCACUCAGCCCAAACCAGACAAGCUAUAUGGAUACUCGGGGAACACAGACAGAGCGUUUACGCAGCCGCAACUCCUAGCUCAAACGACACUUCAUCCACAGAUCCCACUCUACCCGGCGGCAACGUCACAGGGUCUUCGGUUUCCUUUCUUCGCCAUAGAAUUCAAAGCUGCUGGCGGCACUCGAGGCGAUCUCUGGGUUGCUACAAAUCAGUGUGCCGGCGCUUCGUCAGCGUGCCUCAACGCUAUGGACCAGCUGAACGUGUCGCUUCGAGAGUACCAAGGAACGCAACGUGUCGACAACUUGUGCUGCUGCAUUGCUGUGGACAACAAUACCGCCCAAUUAUAUAUAUCGUGGAGGGAAGAUGACUUGAACUAUUACCUCCAGCAGGCUGAAGCGUUUCUGCUGUGGAGCCCAGAGCAUUUCAGGAACUUUCGCAAACAGGUCCGAAACAUCCUUGAUUGGGGAAAGGACGCGCGCCUACAGCAGAUUAGGGACGCUUUGGAUAUAAUCCUUACGGAGAACAGGAAGAAAGCUUCCGAGGCCUCGAAGUCCCGCCCACCACCGUCUGAUGGCUCUUCUAGUAACAACCAUAAAAGGCGUCAAUCCUCAUCGCGCGGAAACAGAAGCAGAUCCGACAGCGCGCAGGGACAAAGCAGCGGAGCGAAGGAGCCGCAUUGGGAAUGGGAUUCGACGAUUGGGCGUUACUUUCAUAGGAAUGCCGAUGGAACUCUCACUUGGGCCGAAGCGGAAGGGUAA